AUGACACGACGUCGCAGGAAUACGCCAAAACAACAAGCCAGAACAGAGGUUACCGGAGAAGCUCAGAAGACAGACGCUACGACACAAUACCAACAUUUCAUUCCACGAUUCAUAUUGCGAAGAUUCCAAGUCGGACCUACAGAACGACAAAAAGAAUUUCGACUCACUGGUGUUGAUCCUGAAUACGUCCACUACUAUGAUAUUGCUACGGGUAGCCUUGACAUUCGUCCUAUCGGAAAGGUUUACGGCGCACUGAAUGUCUACCAGGACGUUCGUAACACCCACAAUAUCAACGAACUAGAAGAAAAAUUAGCGGACCUCGAACGUCAUGCAGCCUCCAUUAUCAUGGACAUGCAUAAAGCGCUUCCUCAGGGCACUUUCACUCUAAAGCGGAGGUCGCUAGAGCUCGUGCGGAAAUUCCUGUUUAUUAUGCAUUAUCGCAAUGUAUCAUAUUCCGGCACCUACUUCCAGGCAGAUCACCCGGAGAAUGCAGGAGGCCGUCAGUGGAUCGAGUCGUUCAUGAAGGCGAAGGGUAUCCAUUCCGCCGUCGAAACAUGGCUACACUUCCUCAGAUACUACCUCGAUUCAUCUCAUUCAGACAUCAUGCGAGAUGCUGCAGACCUCGUGGAGAAGUACGGCGAAGAAGGUCUUCAAAAAAUGAUGAUUGGAUCGCAUAUCCCACCUGAUCUCGAACACUUCCCAGCUUACACUUACCAUGGUCACGCGAACAACUACUUCUUCAGUAUCUGGGAAGCCGCAGAAGGAGAAGAAUUUAUUAUCACGCACAACGCAUUUGGUUUGUGGGAAGGUUUGGGAGGUGGCUUCCCCGGCCUGCACCGCAUAUUCGUUGUCAGCCCUCGCAUUGCUAUCGUCCUGCGUCAUGUGAUAUCGCGUCCAGAAUUGAAAGAAUGUAUAAAGCCGGGCGCAUUCGUGAGCUCCUUGCUCAACGUAAAUCCAACACCACCAACACCAAUUUACGCCCAAGGAGAACGCGGUAAACAUAUCGACCACGUAAAUUUCGGAUCUGCGAUGUCAAUGGCACGUUACAGAUCCUCCCAGGAAGGGGCGAAUGACAGUUUUGUGUUUAAAAUCACAAAACUGUCGCGACCCCAAACAUUGGAGUUUAAUUCCGUUCUAUUAGUCAACGUGACAAAGACAGGCUCUUUGACCUUCCUGUCAAGGGAGAUUAUGCUCCGCACCGUGCGCGCGUUCCGAAGUGUGCCAGUCAAUUUCCUUGCAAGCGAGCUGCUCGUUCCGCUCAUUGCGCGAUUGUCGGAUACCACG